UACACACCACACUACACUGUUAGCCCAUCAUACCACACACACCUACCCUGCACCUGCAUCACCAAACCCAAUACAGACCUAGUAGCUAGCUAUGUUCUAUUUUAAUCAGGAAAGGAACAGCUACACUGAGUGUACACAACUUUAAGAACACUUGCUCUUUCCAUGACAUAGACUGACCCGGUCAAUCCAUGUGAAAGUUAUGAACCCUUAUUGAUGUCACUUGUUAAAUCCACUUCAAUCAGUGUAGAUGAAGGGGAGGAGACAGGUUAAAGAAGGAUUUUUAAUCCUUGAGACAAUGGAGACAUGUAUUGUGUAUGUGUGCCAUUCAGAGGGUGAAACAUGUAAGUGCCUUUGAACGGGGUAUGGUAGUAGGUGCCAUGUGCACCGGUUUGUGUCAACGCUGCUGGGUUUUUACGCUCAACAGUGUCCCUUGUGUAUCAAGAAUUGUCCACCACCCAAAGGACAUCCAGCCAACCAGUAUACUUCCAGGUGUAUAUGACUGUGCCUGGCUGAUAAAUCGAGACAGAUAGAUAUAGACUUUAUUCGUUAGAAGAUUACACCAUUAUCAGGCUGAUGAGUGGAGGACUAAUAGCCCUGAUGUCUUUGUAAACCCUCUCAGGAGAUUCAGAUGAAGAGGACGGCCAUCGAGGCCUUCAACGAGACCAUCAAGAUCUUUGAGGAGCAGUGUCACACGCAGGAGCGCUACAGCAAAGAGUACAUUGAGCGCUUCCGCCGGGAGGGCAACGACAAGGAGAUCGAGAGGUAUGCAGUGGACGUUUUUUUUUUAUUGGCUCAGACCUGCUCCAAAUGGAAUACACUCUAUUUGUCAUCAGGCAAAGUCAUGUUUGUGUACAUUAAAGAGUGUGGUGUCUAGAUUGACCUUAAGUGUUUAACAGGAUGUUAGGUUGUGGGGGUGAUGGAAAUAGUUAUGAAUAAUGGUAAUAGUAGCGCAGUAGUAUACAUAAAGGAUGCAGUAUCCUGACCCAUCCUCCCCCUCUCCUCCUCCUCCCCUCCGCUCCCUCUCUGUCCUAUAGGAUCAUGAUGAACUAUGAGAAGCUUAAGUCUCGUCUAGGUGAGAUCCACGACAGUAAGAUUCGUCUGGAGCAGGACCUGAAGACCCAGGCUCUGGACAACAGAGAGACAGACAAGAAGAUGAACAGCCUCAAACCUGACCUCAUCCAGCUCCGCAAGAUCAGGGACCAAUACCUUGUGUAAGUAGUAACCCAGACCGCAAGGGGUAAACGUGGAGUUCGUACGGGGUUAACUGGAGAGCUGCCAUAUUACAAGCUUGUGUUUCCUCUUAGCUACAGCAGGCUCUUUAUAGGGAAGUCUCUGGGCUGCCUGGGGAGAGAAAGGCCAUGGCUUCUAGGAAGCCUGUAAUAGCAUUACCAGGUCUGCCUCGUUUCUAUACACAGAUUAAUUCAGAAGGGUUGUGCGAGUGCUACUAAUUCAAUACCUUUUGUCGUCUGUUCUGUUCAAUGGAGGAAUGAUGUGCAUAAUGAAAGAAGGGCUUUAACUCGAUGUUUGUAGUCAUUUCUCCUCUCUUUUCAUUCUCUCUCUCUCUCUGCAGCUGGCUCAAUCACAAAGGAGUGCGACAGAAACGAAUUAACGACUGGCUGGGGAUCAAGAACGAGAACACAGAUGAGUAAGUGUUCAGAGCACGGCCUCCCAGCCUCGCACUGCAAGGCUCACUCUAUCUGUAGCAUGGACAUACUGGAGCAAUAGACUUGACAUUGGCUUUGCUCAUUCACAAUAGUCUCAUCACUAUAUUCAUGUUUGAGGGAUAUAGAUUUGAGGAAAUCGUUCUCAUUUUAUAUGUUGGCUACACCAUAAAUGCAUCAUCUCAAAUGAAUCUCUGCUAAACCCUAUGCUUAUCUCGCUCCCCUGUCUCCUGUGUGUGUAGAGGGUACUUUGUGAGUACGGAGGAGGAUGAGAACCUGCCCCACUAUGAUGAGAAGAGCUGGUUUGUAGGAGACCUGAACAGAACCCAGUCUGAAGACCUUCUACUGGGCAAACCUGACGGAGCCUUCCUCAUUAGGGAGAGCAGCAAGAAGGGCUGCUACGCAUGCUCCGUAGUGUAAGUACUCAAGUAUAUACUAUCAAUAAGAUAAGCAUGUUCCGUAGUGUAAGUACUCAAGUAUAUACUAUCAAUAAGAUAAGCAUGCUCCGUAGUGUAAGUACUCAAGUAUAUACUAUCAAUAAGAUAAGCAUGCUCCGUAGUGUAAGUACUCAAGUAUAUACUAUCAAUAAGAUAAGCAUGCUCCGUAGUGUAAGUACUCAAGUAUAUACUAUCAAUAAGAUAAGCAUGCUCCGUAGUGUAAGUACUCAAGUAUAUACUAUCAAUAAGAUAAGCAUGUUCCGUAGUGUAAGUGUCUCAAUAUGUACUACUGAUUGAGUCUCUGCGAUGAUGAUAUGCCAUGGUAAGUCUUGCUAAAUUGUGGUAGUUCAAUAAUCCUCUGUGAGUGUGUCAAAAACUGCUCUUAUACAGUGCCGUCAGAGAAUAUACAGACCCCUUCCCUUUUUCCACAUUUUGUUAUGUUACAGCCUUAUUCUAAAAUGGAUAAAAUAAAAUAAAAAUCUCAUCAAUCUACACACAAUACCCCAUAAUGACAAAGCAAAAACAGGUUUUUAGAAAUGUUUGUACAUUUACAAAAAAUAAAAAAACGGAAAUAUCACAUUUACAUAAGUAUUCAGACCCUUUACUCAGUACUUUGUUGAAGCACCUUUGGCAGCGAUUAUAGCCUUGAGUCUUCUUGGGUAUGACACUACAAGCUUGGCACACCUAUAUUUGUGGAGUUUCUACCAUUCUUCUCUGCAGAUCCCCUCAAGCUCUGUCAGAUUGGAUGGGGAGCGUCGCUGCACAGCUAUUUUCAGGUCUCUCCAGAGAUGUUAGAUCGGGUUCAAGUCCGGGCUCUGGCUGGGCCACUCAAGGACAUUCAGAGACUUGUCCCGAAGCCACUCCUGCGUUGUCUUGGCUGUGUGCUUAGGAUUGUUGUCCUGUUGGAAGGUGAACCUUCGCGCCAGAGGUCCUGAGCGCUCUGGAGCAGGUUUCCAUCAAGGAUCUCUCUGUACUUUGCUCCGUUCAUCUUUCCCUCGAUCCUGACUAGUCUCCCAGUUCCUGCCGCUGAAAGACAUCCACACAGCAUGAUGCUGCCACCACCAUGCUUCACCGUAGGGAUGGUUUCAGGUUUCCUCCAGACGUGACGCUUGGCAUUCAGGCCAAAGAGUUUAAUCUUGGUUUCAUCAGACCAGAGAAUCUUGUUUCUCAUGGUCUGAGAGUCCAUUAGGUGCCUUUUGGCAAACUGCAAGCGGGUUGUCAUGUGCCUUUUACUGAGGAGUGGCUUCCAUCUGGCCACUCUACCACAAUGGCCUGAUUGGUGGAGUGCUGCAGAGAUGGUUGUCCUUCUGGAAGGUUCUCCCAUCUCCACAGAGAAACUCUAGAGCUAUGUCAGAGUGACCAUCUGGUUCUUGGUCACCUCCUGAUUGCUCAGUUUGGCGGGGCGGCCAGCUCUAGGAAGAGUCUUGGUGGUUCCAAACUUCUUCCAUUUAAGAAUGAUGGAGGCCACAGUGUUCUUGGGGACCUUCAAUGCUGCAGAAAUGUUUUGGUACCCUUCCCCAGAUCUGUGCUUCGAGACAAUCCUGUCUCGGAGCUCUGCGGACAAUUCCUUUCACCUCAUGGCUUGGUUUUUGCUCUGACAUGCACAUCAUCUGUGGGACCUUAUAUCAUGUCCAAUCAAUUGAAUUUACCACAGGUGGACUCCAAUCAAGUUGUAGAAACAUCUCAAGAAUGAUCAAUGGAAACAGGAUGCGCCUGAGCUCAAUUUCGAUUCUCAUAAUAAAGGGUCUGAAUACUUACGUAAAUUGUUAUUAUUACAAAUGUACAAACAUUUCUAAAAACCUGUUUUCGCUUUGUCAUUAUGGGGUAUUGUGUGUAGAUAGAUGAGGAAAAUGUUUUAUUUAAUCAAUUUUAGAAUAAGGCUGUAACGUAUUUUCCGAAGGCACUCUAUAAGCAGUCGCAAGUAUGUGUCCAUGUCCAACUGCUUUGUUUUCAUUGUGUGUUAGGCUAGUAUUAACACCUCCUCUCCUCUCUCUACAGUGUGGAGGGUGAGGUGAAGCACUGUGUGAUCUACAGCACGCAGAGGGGCUACGGCUUCGCUGAGCCCUACAACCUGUACAGCUCUCUGAAAGACCUGGUCCUGCACUACCACCAGACCUCCCUGGUCCAGCACAACGACUCGCUCAACGUGCGCCUGGCCUACCCAGUCUACGCACAGAUGCCCUCAUCCUCCGGCCCUGCCCCACGGAGAUGAGCCCCCCCCCCUCCUACCCAGC